GCGGCGGCGGCAGCGGCAGUGGCGGGCUGGGCCGGGCCGGCGGCGGAGGCUUAGCGGGCGCCCGGCGGGGCGCCGGUCGGCAUGGCCCGCGCCCUGCUGCUGCUGCUGCUGCUGGCCUGCGCCCGGCUGGGCCCGCGGCCGGCGCGGUGCCAGGAGGCGCCGCAGACCCCCGACUGGCGGAUGACGCUGAAGACCAUCCGCAACGGGGUGCACAAGAUCGACGUGUACCUCAACGCGGCCCUCGACCUCCUGGGCGGCGAGGACGGCCUCUGCCAGUACAAGUGCAGCGACGGAUCAAAGCCCUUUCCUCGCUACGGGUAUAAACCAUCACCGCCAAAUGGUUGUGGAUCCCCUCUAUUUGGAGUUCAGUUUGACAUUGGUAUCCCUUCGAUGACAAAGUGCUGCAAUCACCACGACAGAUGCUAUGAUACUUGUGGCAAUAAAAAGAAUGAUUGUGAUGAGCAGUUUCAGUCCUGCCUCUCCAAAAUUUGCAGAGAUGUGCAGAAAACGCUUGGAAUCUCAGAAAGUGUCCAGGCUUGUGAAUCAACUGUUCAGCUGUUGUUUGAUGCAGUUAUACAUUUAGGAUGUAAACCAUACCUGGAUAGCCAGAGAGCUGCAUGUAUGUGUCGUUACGAGGAUAAGACUGAUCUCUGAAAGAAGAUACCGAGAUCUCAUGGUGUAGAAUAAAGUCAAAGACUCUGCUGGAAUGAAGCAAGUGUUUGGUUACAAAGCUUUACACUUUUCAGACAGUAAUAUAUUAAACACUGACAUGAAUAUACUGGUUUGAAAGUCACUAUGAUAUUCUUCCUAAUGUAAAAAAGAAACAAGUCAUCCUUCUCUUCCCCUUUAUGCCAGAAGCUUGGAAACUGAAGUUAGUUUCCUUUGGUGUAUGUCCGCUCAGGGUAUGCUAUUGUAAAACACUGGUGCCAUUUUAAAGUUUUUAAGAAAACCCCAUAAUGGGGAAAUCAAAGGCACAGAAGAGUUGUAUUGAAUUCUCAGAUGAUUUUUAAUAUAGGUCAAAUUUUAGGUUUACUACCAGUCAAUGCAUCUGAUAGAUCCAACAGGAAAGAGUGUUUUGUGGGCAUUAAUAUGGCAUCUUAAAUAGCCUGUACUUUCAUGCUUGUGGUACAAUUGCCUUCAGUUCUCUCUGAUAUAUACUGUCCUGUGAGUUUAUUUUUUAAAAAAACAAAACCAGACAAAAAGCCCCCAGCCCUUAGCAAGGGUAUACAUCUGCACUACAUAUUUCUAGCUGAUUCUAUAUCAACCUUACUUCUGCAGCACUUUCACAUCAAAUAUAUUGAUCCUUUUAAGACUUGACUACUAAAAUGAACAGUUUGCAACCUAAGGAUAUACUUUUGAUUUGACAAAACAGUGGAAUGUAGUAGCUAUGUUAUUUUAAAAAUGAAUCAAAUGUUUAUUUUUCAAAUGAAACAUUUUGUGUUGUGUAUUUUAUGCAUAGAAAGGAUAUAUUGUUCAAAGAAGUUGAUUUAUAUUUGUCUUGUGGCACAACUUGGUUACUGUAUUCAUCUUUGCUUUCAUUUAGUCCGUUCUGAUGCAAACUAAAAGAAAGUUCCACAGUUAGGGUCAGUAUGCCCAGCAAACCUUUUUAUUUAAAAAUGCCCUCUGUGAGGCUGACAGAUAUUUCAGCCUGUAUUUCUCUCAUCUGUUCCCUCUCUUGACUUCUCUAGCUGAAAUCACCUGAUGUCUCAAUUAUUUGGGAUUUGUUCUCUGUACUGAUGUUUCAUUGCUUAUUUCCAGUUGCCAGUCCUUAGUUAACUUUGGCAUUAGGUCCUGUGUUGUAAAGAUGUUGAUUUGCUCUCCUGCUGCCCUGGUUCUGCCUUAGAAAUCCACAGGAGAGAACUGAAAAUUAAAAUAUUGCAUCUGUGAACACGAGUCGAAAUCAUGCUAGAAGUCUAAAAUUUACCAGAUUCAUGGACUAUAAUGUGAUUCCUCCUCUGGAAGUACUUUUAUAUAUUUUUUCUUUACCAGUUGUUUGUGAUAUUUUUGUUUUGUUUUUCACUAGAACUUACUGUAUGUGACAGUGAAUGUAAGUGCCUCAUAGAAUAAAGUUCAAGUUCUUUGGCUA